UAUUUUUCGAAGUCUCUGAUUUCGAACUGACCAUAAAAGAUGUGGUGUAGUGGAUAUGACUGCUCCUCUCUUAAUAGAAGUCUUAGAUUCGAGUUUUGGGUAUGAAUCAAUCCUCGAUAGGAAACGAUUCCCCCAGAUGGGCACUACACGGUGCGAAUCUGAAUUUAGCCAGACUCUAAUGGGGGUACGGGACAGGACACCAGGCCAGAAACAAAAAAAAAAAAAAAAAAGAAGAAAGUCCUAGAAAUGAGAAAGUUCUUAAUUUGCCAUUUAUCUAACCUUCGAGGUAAAAUAGCAGUUCUUAAAAAUCGAAAGGACCUGAAUGCAAAAUUUGAAUAUUUAGUUUUUGUUCGUAAAAUAGACGUGGAAGAAGUGUUAGCAAUUUUUAUUUUUCUUUACAAAAUCUAUGGCUUUGCAGCUCUUGAGGUAGUUUACUCACCUUGUUGGCCACUCUUAUUGGCUAGCUGGCAGUAGAAAAAUUCAGUUUUUCUCUGGGUAGACCAGCAAUGGUCUGAAGUAUCGGCUGACAUGCAGCACUUUGAUUAAGACCAACCAGAGGCUGUUUGAGUUCUGAGUUCUUGUUUUGCAUUGGCUGGCUUAUAAGUUUUGGCCCUUGAGGCACGAUCUUGACAUCGACACAUCUCCUUCACAGGGCUCCCUUAUUUUAAAAUGCUUCGAUCUCUCUAUAAAUGCCAAAGAAACUUGUGUACAAAGAUCAGGAAAACCAGCUUUUUGGUGCAGUUUGUGUCAACUAGCUGUGGCAGCAAUACCCCAGCUGAUGAGAGCAAGUCACUCAUUAAUUUGUGUCACAGGAAGUCACAUGGUUUAUCAAAAGAAGCCAUCAUUAGUGAAGCAAAAGUACUCCAAUUAGAAACUGAUACAUGUUCAAAAGUUUCAGCUGUGAUUGAGUUCUUCCAAAACCAUGGGUUUUCUGCAACCCAAGUGAAGAAAAUAAUUAGACAACGCCCUCAUUUGUUAGCAUCUAGGGUGAACAAAACCCUAAAGCCCAAGUUGAAUUUCUUGCAAUCAAUUGGCUUUUCUGAAGAUGAAUGCAGUAAGAUUAUAAGUUGUCAACCCUGCAUACUUUCCAGAAGCAUAAGGAACCAUCUGGCUCCGUCUUUUGAUUUCCUGAAGACUUUCAUGGGUAGUAAAGUGCGAGCACUUGUCGCCAUCAAACAAUUUCCUCAAAUCCUUGAUUGUAAUGUCUCUCGUUGGAAGCAGACUAAACAGAUAUUGGGCCAAAUUGGUAUUCCUGAUUCUCAAGUGUCAGAGUUUAUUCAAAAAUCUCCUGUUAUCUUGACUACAAAUCCCCAAAAGACGAGUGAGGUUGGCUUGAGGCUGAAGGAAAUGGGGUUUGAUGUUACUUCUCCAGCAUUUAGGACAGCUAUUUGCAGAAUGUCUAGAGUUGGUCAUUCCAAAAUGGAAAGGAAAUUUGAAACAUAUAGAAGUUUGGGCUUUUCAGAUGGCGAGAUCCUUAAUAUAUUCAGACUGCAGCCAAUGUGUUUGUUUUAUAGCGAGGAGCAUGUCAGGGCAAUUGUGGCAUUCUAUGUUGAUAGACUCCAUUUGAGCCCGUCACACUUGUCACAAAGGCCGGUCUUUCUAUUGCGUAGCCUGGAGAGGAGGGUUAUUCCGAGGUGUUCUGUCAUGCAAGUUUUGUGGUCGAGAGGCAUUAUCUCGAAAAUGGGCAAACUAUCUUCAAUUCUAAUGAUUAGUGAAAAGGACUUCUUAGAGAAGUAUGUUACUAAAUAUGAAGCAGAAGUUCCUGAGCUGCUAGCUGCCUACCGUGGCGAACUUAUGUUCGAAGAGUACAGUUUUCAUUUGCGUGAAGUUCGUCAGAUUUCAAUGUCGAAGGGAUCAUCUCCAGAAAGUAAAGCAGCUUAGUAUUUGCACCAUAUGCUGUCCCGUAUCUCUUCAGUUUUCUUGUUUUUUAGCAUCAUUUGCUGUUUCGAAAUGGAUUGCUAUUCCUGCUUCCUUGUUUGCCAUUUGCUGUCAUAGUCUCGGCUUUCUUGUUUUAGCUCAUUAUAAUGUGUUCAUAGAGGUACUAGGAUCCUUUAUUGGUAAUCUUACGAGGGAAAUAAUUCGAACUAUUUUUUUUUUCCCCCAAUGGUACUCAAAUCUUGAUUCUUGACAUAUGCAGAAAUGGUAGAUUUCAAAAGCAUUACCUAAAA